AUUAUUAAAGCGUGUUUAAUUUCUGGAUCAGAAGCCGCGCCUGCUCCACACUCCAGCCCAGCGGUGGCGCUAAUGCACCCAAACAGCUGUCAACCGCAUUAUCAACCAGAGAGAGAGAAAAAGACUUCUGGCGGUUUCUUUCUUUCUUUUCCCCUCCGGAACUGUUUUCAUCCUGACCUCGUUUCUUCCGGCAACAUUUUCGGCGAGCACAGCAAACCGGAAGUGGCGUGUUUUCUGCCUGUGCGUGUUUGUGUGGAAGCGGGAGGAGAACCGGUUCAUAUCGCGGGAGCUGCAGGAAUCACCAUGAUCAUCCCGAUCCGCUGCUUCACCUGCGGGAAGAUCGUAGGGAACAAGUGGGAGGCUUACCUGGGUCUGCUGCAGGCCGAGUACACAGAGGGAGACGCUCUGGAUGCUCUGGGCUUGAAGAGGUACUGCUGUCGCAGGAUGCUGCUCUCACACGUCGAUCUGAUCGAGAAACUGCUCAACUACGCACCGCUGGAGAAAUGAGACUCAGGACUUGUUCACAUUCAAAAUGGCUUCCUGUGUGUGUAAAAUCUGUUAAUCACACAGACAGGACUCUGUAUUUCUCUUUGUAAUGUUUUAUAAAUAAAGUCAUAAAGAUGA